AUGACAAGACCAAUAUUGGGUAUCGCACUUCUGUGCAUACUCAGUUUCUUUGAAACUUCGCAAGCAUCCUGGUUUUAUGGACGCGAUGAGCCCGAUCGCUGGAGUGUUGGAGGAGUUUGGCCACUACCUGCAGAUAUUCGUUAUCUGGAAAGAAACCGAACGAUCGAUCCAGCGAAGAUAGGGUUCAAAUUGGAUGGGAAAAAACAUUGCGACGUGUUGAGAUACAAUGCGGAGAACUAUUUGAACAAAUGGAUGUUUCCGUUUCCUGUGAAAGCGAAAGGGGUAGCCGAAGACUACAUUGUAAUCGUUAACGUUGUUGAACCAUGCCCAACAUCUACUCCUCCACAUGCAGCGAAUGAAAACUACGAACUCUCGGUCACUAAGAAAAAAGCUGUUCUCAAAGCAGAUACUGUUUGGGGUGCUGUUCGCGGAAUGGAAACACUCAGCCAGCUUAUUUUCUUUGAUGAAAAAUACCAACAGUAUUCCAUUCGGUUAGCAGAGGUCAAAGACUUCCCUCGGUUCCCUGUUAGAGGUUUGAUGAUUGAUACAUCCAGACAUUUCUUAUCAACAAAAGUUAUCAAACGACAGAUCGACCUCAUGGCAAUGAACAAAAUGAACUUACUACAUUGGCAUCUUGUAGAUAGUGAAGCUUUCCCCUAUGAGUCCGAAAAAUUCCCCAAUCUUCAUCUUAAAGGAGCAUAUUCUAAGCGUCAUGUAUACUCUCGCAAUGAUGUCCGUGAAGUCAUAAACUAUGCUCGUCUUCGAGGCGUCCGUGUAAUGCCGGAAUUUGAUUUACCUGGACACACUAGUUCUUGGAUUGGACAAGAGGGUUUCCUCACUGAGUGUUUUGAUAAAGACAUGAAAAGAACUUGGCCAAACUUAGUGGAUCCUUCUAAUCCUGCUAACUUCAAGUUUAUCGACGAAUUCUUAGAUGAGGUUUCUCGUACCUUUCCUGACAGUUUUCUUCAUUUGGGUGGUGAUGAAGUGUCAGACUUUCUCUUGGAAUGCUGGGAACGUAAUGAAAAAAUUCAACACUUCAUGGAUGACAAAGGUUUUGCGAACAAUACAGACUUGGAAAACUAUUUCUUUGACAAACUGUUCGACAUCGUAAAUAAUUUGGAGCUGAAAAAGCGUAUGGUGUUCUGGCAAGAAGUAUAUGAUAACAACAAGCCUGAACCAAAUUCAAUUGUUCACGUGUGGAAAGGAAACACACACGAAGAAAUUACUGAACAAGUGAAGAAUAUAACAGAGGAUGGUCUAGAUGUAAUAGUAUCUGCUUGCUGGUACUUGAACUAUAUCAAAUAUGGAGCUGAUUGGAGAGAUUUAAUCUCUAACAAUGUUGAAUCCAAUUCACAAUACUACUAUUGUGAUCCUGCAAACUUCACAGGCACCCAAGAGCAAAAGUCACGAGUUUUAGGUGGCGUUGUCGCCAUCUGGGGUGAAUUCGUGGACAACACAAAUAUUGAAUCCAGACUUUGGCCUCGUGCAUCUGCUGCUGCUGAACGACUCUGGUCUCCUGCUGAAAAAACAACUUCAGCCCAUGAGGCUUGGCCCCGUCUUCAUGAACUGCGAUGUCGCCUCGUUGCUCGUGGAUUCCGAGCUCAGCCUACCAACUGGCCCGACUACUGUCCCUACGAAUUUGAUGAUUAG